AUGGGGAAGCGACGAGGCGGGCAGCGCCACAAGAAGAAGAAGACGGAGGAUGGCACUGUUUUUGCCGCCGCUGAGGAGGAAGCAGACGCGGUCGAAGCCCUAGUGCCUGACGUGGGCGACGAGGAGGACGAGGAUACGACUUCGUCUUCUAGAGAUGUUUCCGGCGGAUUGCGGCAAGGGCAGAAACAAGCGGCUCCCCUGGCCGCUGGACUGUCGGAGUACUUCGUGAGGAUUAAGCGGCUCAUCGAGAGUUGCCCUUUCCAGGGCGAUUUGCAAUUCGAAGCCUUCGUCACUGCGACUCUAGAAGAAAUAGUCGAUAGGGUAAGCAAGUCUGUUCGCAACUAUCGUUUAUGGGUGCCUAGCUCUGCAUCAAGAGCAUGCGCUUUCUUGGAGGGCGCAGGUUCCCAUGAGCUCUGUGCUCGUGGAGGGCGAAGAGGGGUGCUCUCAGGCCUUAGGAGGCGAACGGACGGAAGCGGGAGAGGAGGAAGGCGGAAAGCUCACACAGCACCUUUGACAUGCAGCGCGUGGGAGGUGUUGGCAACUUCUGACCUCUACGCAGGCAGUGUUUCGUAUUGCGCGUCUACAGCUGUUACUGCGGGGCAUGCAGUGCGAGGAACCUGGCUGCAAAGGGAAUCCUUAGUAUGCCGCUUGGCGCAUGUUUUGCAGGGCCUUCUGGUGCUUUCUGACCCCAAGUGCAGUCGAGUCGUGGAGCAGCUCAUAUCCCUCGUCGCAAAUUUUAUUGCUUUCCAGGAAGGCGGGAGACAGCCAGAGUUUGGCUCUGGGGAGGUGUCCGAAGCGGAGAAGUUGCAGUGUCGCAUCCGCUGCCUCGAGAGCUACUUGAGCCUCAUGCGGGCUGUCGCGCCUUUGGCGCCGAGCUUGGCUGUUCAUCCCAAUGGUUCGCAUGUCCUCCAGACGCUGUUGCACUCUGUACCUGCCGUUAUUGAGUUCGAGUUGACGCAAAAAAAGGGCAAGAGCAAGGGUAAGCCUGACGCUUUCGCAGUUGGUCCUUUGGGGAUUUUGCGCGUUGCGGCUUCAGAUGAACAGACUGUGGAAGACUUCUUCCUUUUUAUGAUGCACAAGCUCAAGUCCGAGAGUGGUGGCUGGCGAUCUUUGAUGCAGAACGCCAUUGGAACCCAUAUCUUUCGCUCGGCGAUACGCGCUGCGGCAGGCAUCGACUGUCUGCUCCCCGCGGAGGCAGCAGGCCGCCGCGCAAAGCGACGGACUCGCAAGGAUUCUGCAGAGACUCUGCUGUCUCCCCAGGUGAGCGCUGCGCUCUCUGCUGUCUUGGGGCCUAAGGCUGCAGAUAGCGCACGCCUUGCCAAAGUGCCCAAAUCGCUGACGAAGGCGCUGCUGGCACUCGCUGCGGAGGCAACGGAAACCAUCAAAACGGACCCUUUCAAUCUCCCGUUCGACACAUACGCCGCACCAGGGCUGCAGGUCUUGAUGCUUGCACUCCAGGCGCGUCAGCAGGAAGGUAAGACACUCCAAGACGAGGGAGGAAGUGUGCGUGGUUUGGGGAGCUUGGAAGGGUUGUUCGGUGCCAUGCAUCAAGCAAGCUCCUCUUCGGCUGAGGCUGUCGUCCAGAUUGCAGACGCCUUGGUGGACAGUCCCACAGGCAGCCGCAUUCUGGAACUGGGCCUCACGUUGCUGAGCCCUGAGCGUUUCCAGAUAGCGUUUUCCCACUGGAUCUUGAAGAAGGCGAAUACAUUGGCGCAGGGUCGCUUUGGGAACUUUGUGCUGCAAAAGAUUCUGCAGUCUUCAGUCUUCCAAGCCGCACAUUUAAAGCAAUUAAUACAAGCGUUGAACUUUGGCGACUGUUUGUUUGCCUCGACGUCCGCUGUUUUGUGGCGGUGUGCGGAAGCGUGCCGCCGCUUGCAGUCGUCUUACAAGGAAUUCGCGAGGAAGAUGUUUGAGGCUGUUGGCGUCAGGGGAGGAAGCGCCACACCCUAUGUCUGGUGGUGCUUGCUGGGUCUGUGCACUCCAGAAGACCUUCCUAGCGAGCUCCUUCCUGGCGACGAGAAGGGGGAGGAAGUCCAGCCCGCCGAAAGCGACAAGAAGGAGAACGAUUCUGAGGAGAUAAACAAAGAAGCAACAUCUGAGCAUGAGCGUGUCCCCCUCGAGCCUUCGCAGCUGAGGCUGCAAGACAUCUGCACGCCGUCGGGGUGCUCCAUUGUGACGAGCCUCCUGAAGUUUCCUCCAGCAACGAUUCAGCCUUUGAGCGCUGGAUUCAAGAAGUUUAUCAAGUCGUGCAGAGAGUGCAAACUCGCAGUCAGAAAGUGGAAGUCAAAGGUCAAAGGCAGCCCGCCUGUUAUUGAAAUCCAUCCUCUUCUCGAGCUGAUGGCGACCAACAAGUUGGCUUCUCGCGUGAUCCAAGAGAUUGCGGACCCUGCAAACGACGGAAUUCAGCCUUCAGCUGUUCAGUAUAUGAUUAGGAGUUUGCUGCCAUUCGUGCCCUUAUUCGCACUAGAUCCUGUCGGGGGAUUCGUUUUGACUUCCAUCUACAACGGCGCAACUCCGGAGAGCAAGCGGCAGAUCGUCGAGGCCCUGCUCACAAUCGAAGAGGAAUUAAAAGCGCAGAAUUACGCUGCGUACAUGAAGUGUGAGAUCUACCGGUACACCAAGAGCAAAGAGGAGUGGCAGACCCGCCAAGAGAAACGCAGCAAGACCCGUGACCUUUUCAAAGAUAUUCUCACAACACCGGCCGUCGAGGAAGAGGAGAAGGAAGAAACGCCAUUGCCAGAAGGCCUUAUGGUGAGCUUAUGUGCACUAUUAGGGAGAGGGGCGGAGCCAGCGGCCUCUUUUCUGGGCUUUUCGAUAUUCAACUGGGGGUCUGCAUUUUGCACCGAGUGUUGUGUUCAGGCGGACCCCAUCGCGAAGCAGCUUAUCAUAGAGCACGAUUCAAAUGCCAUGCGGAAGAGUGACAAGAUUAAGAAAAAGAAGAGGAAAAACCACGGAGAGGAGGAAACAGAAAUUGCAGCGGAUGGGCCAGCUGACGCAGAGGCAGCUGCAAGCAUCGACCAGAUUUUUCUUGACGCGUUUGAUGAGAAGCAACGGCAACAAAAGCACAGAAAGAAGAAGCGUAUUUCUUCACCUAAUGGAUCAAGAGAGAGCGAGGGUCCUCCACCGGCUGCCCCGCCGCUCAAAAGCUUCUCCAGUAAUGAGCAAGCAGAUGCGGACCCCACUCUUGAUGCUGCCCUCUUUUUCAUCGAAGGAACAAACAGUUCCAUAAGCAAGCGAGAACUCGCACGAAGGCGAAAAGUGGAGGUGAGUUUCUCGGCGUGUCGUCUCAUUUGA